AUGUUCAAUCACGACCACGACCGAUCCAGCGAUAAAGACUCAUCGUCGAAAGAAAGCUCUUCCAGAGGACACUCACAUGAAGCUCUCAGUGAGUCUACAUCUGGAUCACAUUUCUCCAGCCGUUUAAAAAGCUUCUUCCGGUUUGGAAGACAUCGGUCUGCCACCGUAAGCACAAACUCUCCAUUAAUGAGUGAGCAGAGUCGGGGCAAACAUCACGGUCGCAGUGGAAAGCACGAAGAUUCACACCAUCGAAAUUCCAAUAGUAGCUCCAGUUCAGACCAUGGCUUGCAGUUACGUCGGGUCUCUUCAGCUCCCAACAACCCGGGUGUCGUAUCUGGUGUGUCUGCUGCCAAAGAGCAUAAGGGAGGUGCAGGCAAUGGCGCUCCUCUUGCUCUGUUCUCUUCCUCGUCCCGAAAACCGUUCUUCAAAAUUGCAAAAAACAACAAUCAGACUUAUAUCUUUGGACAAAACGAAUACACACAGCGCACGUAUUCCGGAAACUCAACAAAAAUUGGCGAUGUCGAGGUCACCCCUAAUAGUUUCGAAAAGAUUAGACUACUUGGAAGCGGUGACGUUGGCAAAGUUUACCUUGUAAAACAAAAAAGCAACAAUCGUUUGUUCGCAAUGAAAGUUCUUAACAAACAAGAAAUGAUCAAGCGACACAAAGUCAAUCGUGUUCUUGCCGAACAGGAAAUUCUUGCCAAAAGUAACCACCCAUUCAUUGUUCCCUUGUAUCACUCAUUUCAAUCGGAAGAUUACCUGUAUCUGUGUAUGGAAUACUGCAUGGGCGGCGAGUUUUUUCGUGCGUUACAAUCGCUUCCCUCUCGAACACUCCCUGAGCAAAGCGCUUGCUUUUAUGCGGCAGAAGUUACUGCUGCCCUGGAAUAUUUGCACUUGAUGGGAUUUAUAUAUCGAGAUUUGAAACCCGAAAACAUUCUUCUUCAUCAGUCGGGACACAUUAUGCUUUCCGAUUUUGACCUCUCAAAACCUAUUCCUACUACGAGUUCGCCUACCGUCGUUGUUUCCAAGAACCACACCUCUUCUGCUAACAAUUUGGCCAUUGACACGCACACAUACUUGGCAAAAUACCGGACCAACUCGUUUGUCGGCACAGAAGAGUACAUUGCACCAGAAGUAAUUCGUAGCUGUGGCCAUACUGUCGCCGUAGACUGGUGGACGUUGGGUAUCUUUUUAUACGAAAUCUUGUAUGGAGUUACGCCCUUUAAGGGCAAAAAUCGGCACGCAACAUUUUCGAAUAUCUUGUACGCUGAUGUUACUUUUCCCGAAUACCACGGGGCACCUAACGUAUCGAACACAUGCAAGAAUCUCAUUCGAAAGCUUCUCAUAAAAGACGAGACAAAACGUUUUGGCUCGAUAGCCGGUGCUUCUGAUAUAAAGUCGCAUCCAUUUUUCCGCAACAUCCAGUGGGCCCUGUUGCGCAGUAUAAAACCGCCUAUCAUUCCUAAAGUCAAAGAUGGUAUGGAGGCUGUCAGCGCUAGCGAGCACGCCGAAAAAAGCGAAAGUGUCGACUUUUUGUCUUCACAGAUACUUGUUGGUCCUAGCCUGCCAGCAGUUGGCAUGAAUCUAGCUACACCUCCACAGGAAAAGUCGGAUCCUUUCGAUAACUUCAACUCGGUAACCCUUCAUCACGCAGGUGACGAGUAG